GCGGUGUGUGCCCCAUGUUGAAGUUGCGCAGCACGCUUGCAUCCUAACCAUGGAAGUGGACGAGACAUCGCUGAGUGAUGAGUACGAGGUGCUGCUGGCGGACGGCCCCACACACCUGCGGCCCGACGGCUCGCCCGACCUCAGCUACGAGAGCGAGCGGCUGAGGACGUUCAAGGGCGUGUGGCCGAACUCGGCGCCCGUCAGUCCCGAGCGACUCGCCAAGGCCGGCUUCUUCUACGCCGGCGACGGCGACGACCGCGUGCGCUGCUUCUGCUGCGGCGCCGAGCUCUGCGGCUGGCAGUAUGGCGAUUCGGCGGCGGGCAAGCACCUCCGCUUCGUGCCCAACUGCGACUUCAUCUCGGGCGCGGAGACGAGCAACGUGCCGCUGGUGCGCCGCAGCAGCACGCAGCUCUCCGACGCGCUCGGCUCGCCCGUCGCGCGCUCCGCGAGCCCGCUGCCGUCAUCCCUCAGCCCCCGCAGCCGCACCGUCGCUCCGCCGCGUGACGAGGCUGCGUCGCCGCCGUGGGGCUACGACGAGGUGAACACGCAGCGAGUGCAGCAGACGGGGGAGCAGCGUCGCGGCGACGCGGACGACGCGGCGCAGGGCUACGCCGCGGAGCAGGGCGGCACGAACUUCCAGCCGUGGUGCGGCGCGACGGCGGCGGCGGCAGCGGCGGCCGGCUGCCGCUGGAGCCCCGAGCUGCAGCAGUCGACGCCGUGCGAUCUGUCGUUCCUGCGCGGUCACAUCCGCAGCGGUAGCUGCGGCGUGCAGCUUCCUCCGCCGUCGUCGUCGAGCAGCUACGAGAACAUCGCGCCGACGACGAAGCCCGGCGCGGCGCCGACGGUGGCGCCCCCGCCGAACGUCGCCUCGCAGUCGAGACUCUCCGACGAGUUGCCGGUCGCCGCGCCGAUGCCCGUCGCUGCCGACGUGCGCCAGCAGGUGGCGCCGGCGCUCACCGACGCGGAGCGGCUGCUGCAAGAGAGCGAGCGUCUGCGGACGUUUGCGAGGUGGAGCGUGAGCUUCGUGAGACCGGAGCAGCUGGCGCGAGCCGGCUUCUACUACACGGGGUCAGGCGACCGCGUCAAGUGCAUCUUCUGCAGCGGCAGGCUGCAGGGCUGGGAGCGCAACGACGUGCCCAUAGAGGAGCACACAAAGCAUUUCCCGCACUGCCGAUUCGUGAGCGGCGCCAGCACGGGAAAUGUCGCGAUCGCCGGGGAGGGCAUGUCGCAGGUUCCGAACAGCUCACGGCCGCAGCGGGCGCCCUCUAGCGGUGUGCCCGUGGCGUACAGCGUCGAGGUGGUGCCGAGCGCGACGGAGCCCGGCUGGGAGGAGGUGAACGUCGUCGGCGUGACGGCGCGGCCGACGCACGUGGCCUACGCCACGCUCGCGUCGCGCUUGCAGAGCUACGAGACGUGGCCACACGAGACGCGUGAGCAGCAGCCGCAGCAGCUCGCCGAGGCUGGCUUCUUCUAUGCAGUCCCACUGUGUACACAUUCAACCUGGAUAAAAAGACCACUUAAAGAAGAAGUGGCCUUUGUGGCCUUUAUGGCGGUGCGGCGGCGGCUGGAGAACGGCGACAGGACAAUUUACCCGGAGCACCUGCUUGCCGCCAUCAUAGACUUUGAGGAGAAGCGUGGCGCGAUCCUGAUGAAGGAGCAGAGGCUGGGCGGUGUUGCGGCCGCGCCGGCGAACGCCACCGGUUGGGAUCCGAGCGAGUGCGCCCUGCCGCCUCUCGUUCCCAAGUGUCAGAAGCUUGAGCCUCUCAGUGUCAAGGAGGAGAAUCGCAUGCUGAAGGAGCAGCGGCUGUGCAAGAUCUGCAUGGACAGUGAGGUGAGCAUCACGUUCCUGCCGUGUGGACACCUCAUCGCGUGCGUGCAGUGCGCGCCAGCCCUCACUGCCUGUCCGAUGUGCCGCAAGCCGAUACGCACGUGCGUGCGCACCUACCUGUCUUAGUGAGAUGCUGGGCCACAUGCAGAGCUAGGCCGGCUCACCAGACUCCAGCACGGUGGAUGCAAUGGAUGUAGCCCUCAGCUAGUAUAUAUAGUAUUGCAU